UAAUUAAAUUUUUCAAAAAAGCACACAUAAAAUCAGCAAAACUAGCUUUUUUUUCUUUUACUUAGCAAAUUCAUUGAAGAUCGCUUUUAGGUAUACCUAAUCACUUUUAUUCAAGCCCUUUACAACAUUCUCUUAGGGCAUCCAUGAUAACGAUCUUCAAAGAGCACCGUAUCUUUUAGGCAAGUGUUGAAGGAGGAAAAAGAAAUGGUAAACAUUCGCGGAAGCAAUCAACAAAAAAGCUCAGGAUCUCCAAAAGGAGAGGUAGGGGAGAUCGACACAAGAGCACCAUUUCAAUCUGUGAAAGCGGCUGUUAGUUUAUUUGGUGAGGUAGCUGUCUCCAAAGAUAAAGACGAACCAUCAUCCAAGCAAAAGAUUUCUUCAGAGCAUGUGUUGGACGAGGAGACCACACUUUUGUUGGUUCAAAAAGAACUUGACAAUUACAAGCAACAGCUUGAAGUUGCCGAGACAACAAAGUCUCGAGCACAUUCUGAACUUGAGAAGGCCAAGAUAACACUAAACGAGUUGACCACUAUGCUCAAAACUACUACUGAAUCUAAGCUAUCAGCUAUGGAAGCUGCAGAAAGUGUGAAGAAACAAGCUAAGGAACUUGAAGUUGCAAAAUCUCAACAACAUUUGGGAAAUGCUGCUCGGAAACAAGAAAUGGACCAGGAAAGAGAGCAGUACAUGAUCAUUGUGAGUGAACUUGAUCUUGCAAAGCAAGAACUCACUCAAAUUCGACAAGAUUUUGACGCUUGCCUAGAGGCAAAAUCAGCUUCAUUUCAACAAGCAGCAGAAGCCAGGCGUGUAGCCAAUAUGAACAUAGAAAAGAUUAAUGAGCUCUCAAAGGAAAUUAAAGCAAUGCAAGAAUCAGCUUUGCAAUUAAAUCUUGCCUCUGUACAAUCUCAAGAACAACUAGAAAAUAUUAUGGCUGAGAAAGAAGCCAGCAUUAAAGCUUAUAUAACGACCAAGGAAGACGUGGACAAUAAAUUGAAGUCUUUAAUUCAAGAAUAUGAUCCUAAGCUUACUAGAAAACUUGAGCUGAAACUUGUAGAAACAAAUAUGGAGAUUGAAGUUAUACAAGAAGAAAUGAAAAGAGCGCAUGCCCUUGAAAUGGAUACUGUGAAGCUUAUAACCACUGAGCUGAAUGAAGCAACAAAGGCAUUGCAGAAAGUCGCUGAGGAAGAGAAUUUGCUUCGAAAUAUAGUGACAUCGCUUAGACUGGAAUUAGAGGAAGUGAAAAAAGAAAAAGUUGAAGUGGAGAAGAAAGAAAAGGAAAUAUAUGAUGAGCAAAGAUCACUACUUGAGCAGCUUUCAUCAGAAGCUGAGAGUGCAAGAACAGAAGUAGAAGAGAUAAAGAAGAAUACUAAUAAACUAAAUCAAGAAGCUGAAAGUGGCAUGUUAAUGGCUGCAAAAGCAAUGGAAAAGCUUCAACUUGUUCUUAAAGAGGUUGAGCAAGCCAAAGAAGCAGAAAAGAAAGCCCAUAAUGGGAUGAAAAUCUCGUCUGAAAAACAAAAUAAUCAAAAUCCUCAAUGCAGUGAUAACAUAAUAAAAAUUUCAUUGCAGGAGUUUGAGAGUUUAAAAAAGAGAGUAGAGGAAUGUGAAAAUAUAGCUGAGGCAAAAGAGACAGAUGCAGUAAUUGAAAUGGAAGUAAUCAAUAUAAGAAAGAAUGCAGCAGAAAAAAAGUUGGAGGAAAAUUUGAAAGCAAUCAAAGAAAUUGAAGAAGCAACUGAUAUUGCUUUGAAGUCAGCAGAGAUAGCAGAGGCUGCACAAAAUGUGGUGGAGGGUGAACUUCGAAGGUGGCGACAAAAAUAUGAUAAAUAACAUCAUCUCAAUAUGCACUUCAGAUUCUAAAAGAUUCAGAUAAGUAAUUAAUUAGGAUGGAUUACCCAAAGAACUCUUGAUUCUAAUUUGCAAAGCUAGAUAGUACUUUUGUCUCGCACAAACAUGUGUUUUUCUUGAUGUAAUGAUCACCUUAUGUAAUUAAA